AUGCUGGUUACCUGUAAGCAGUCGAGCCUGGGCCGGUCUCAGAGCUGGGACACACUCGGGGGGAAUGAAGGACACUGGGACAGGGAAGGCAGCUACGACCCCCAAGCUAGGACCUCGGGCCGGAGGAAUUCGCUGACCUACGGGGUCGACGGCGGCGGCUGGUACGAGCCGGCUCCCCCAGGGGCGCGUCCUCCCGAGUCGGAGCUGAAACGGGAUCCCUGCUCGUACCAGGACUCCCUCUGCAACCAGGGCUACCAGAGCAGGCAUGAGCAGCCGGCCAUGAGGAAGAGCUCCGUGCCCGAACUGAACAGCCAUUACGACCGGCCCGGGAUGGCCGCCAGGGCCCCUGUCCACCCUCAGGAUUACUACCAGCACGACCCCCAGCCGGCAGGGCGACCUGCCGAAGACCCGCGGGGCUUUUACAGGAGCGAGCAGCACCACCCGCUGAGCCGGUCCAGCCAGCUUUACGGGAUGACCGCGGGGGGUCGGCCACCGUGGGAACAGGGGCAAGGGAGACCCGGACCCCUCCCCCAAAUGCCUCCUCCUGCUCAUACCCCCGCUCCCGGUCCUCCUCCCCCGCCCCAGGCCCAUGAGAUGAGUCGCAUUUACAGAGAUCCUGCCACGGGGAAGAUGAUGGCAGAUGGCCACCGUGUGCCCACCAGGGACCCGUCUCCAGGGCGGUAUGCCGGGGAGCCCCCCUUCCCACGGUAUGCUUCCGAGCUGCCCCCUGCACCUCACUCUCCAGGCAGGCUCGCCUACAGCGACCUGAACGGCCGCCCCCUCGACCCACGGCAGCACGCAGCCACCUGCCUGGUGGUGGAUCCGACCGCUCAGGGGAUAGACGGGACCCUUUCUCGAGGCAUCCGGCCCCAGAUCAUGAACGGCCCCAUGCAGCCGCGGCCCCUGGUGGCCCUGCUGGACGGGCGGGACUGCACGGUGGAGAUGCCCAUCCUGAAGGACCUGGCCACUGUGGCCUUCUGCGACGCUCAGUCCACACAGGAGAUCCACGAGAAGGUACUGAACGAGGCGGUGGGGGCGAUGAUGUAUCACACCAUCACUCUGACCCGGGAGGACCUGGAGAAAUUCAAGGCCCUGAGGAUCAUCAUUCGCAUCGGCAGCGGCUACGACAACAUCGACAUCAAAGCCGCGGGUGACCUAGGGAUCGCCGUGUGUAACAUCCCCUCGGCGGCGGUGGAGGAGACGGCGGACUCCACCCUGUGCCACAUCCUGAACCUGUACCGGAGGAACACCUGGCUGUACCAGGCCCUGCGGGAGGGCACGCGCGUGCAGAGCGUGGAGCAGAUCCGCGAGGUGGCCUCCGGGGCCGCCCGCAUCCGCGGAGAGACGCUGGGGCUCAUCGGCUUCGGGCGCUCGGGGCAGGCGGUGGCUGUGCGGGCCAAGGCGUUCGGCUUCAGCGUGCUGUUCUACGACCCGUACCUGCAGGACGGGCUGGAGCGCUCGCUGGGCGUGCAGCGCGUCUACACGCUCCAGGACCUGCUCUACCAGAGCGACUGCGUGUCCCUGCACUGCAACCUGAACGAGCACAACCACCACCUCAUCAACGACUUCACCAUCAAACAGAUGCGGCAGGGCGCGUUCCUGGUGAACUCGGCUCGGGGCGGGCUGGUGGACGAGAAGGCGCUGGCCCAGGCUCUGAAGGAGGGCCGGAUACGCGGGGCGGCCCUGGACGUGCACGAAUCAGAGCCCUUCAGCUUUGCCCAGGGCCCUCUGAAGGACGCUCCUAACCUGAUCUGCACGCCGCACACAGCCUGGUACAGUGAGCAGGCCUCUCUGGAGAUGAGGGAAGCGGCCGCCACAGAGAUCCGCCGGGCCAUCACAGGCCGGAUCCCCGACAGCCUGAGAAACUGUGUCAACAAGGAGUUCUUCGUCACCACGGCGCCCUGGUCAGUAAUCGACCAGCAGGUACAUCCUGAGCUCAACGGAGCCCCCUACAGGUACCCGCCCGGCCUGGUGGGCGUGGCCCCGGGAGGCAUCCCCGGGACGCUGGAGGGCAUGGUGCCCGGGGGAGUGCCCAUCGCCCACACCCUGCCGUCGGGCACACACCCGUCCCAGGCCCCAUCGCCCAACCAGCCCUCCAAACACAGCGAGACCAGAGAGCACCUAACCGAGCAAUAGCAGCACGCCCGGGGCCCUCUUCAUGUCCGGACAGCCGGGGCCAGAGACAGUGACCGCUCCUGCCGAGAGACUCUGCACGUUCCACACAUUUCUACUAUUUCAUAUCGGUUCCUUUUCGAUAUUUUAUUAUUAUUAUUGUUAUUAUUGUUAUUAUUAUUUUUUAGCCCUCGCCCUGAGGGUACUGCAUUCGGUUCCGUAUGUCUGUACGUAUGUCAAUCUGUCUCCAUCCGGAUCCAUCGAAGGGGCGCAGUUGCGUUGCUUCACCACUAGAGGUCGAGGUUGUGUCAAAAGGUACAAGGGUCACAAAUCUGUACUUGUUCUUUUAUGAUUGUGUAUUGUUUUUAUUUUUUUUUACUUUUUUGGGGGGAAAUGCCAGUCGAUACCGGGCUCCGUCUUCUCCCCCACCUUGUGGGAGGGUGUGUUUCCUGACCAACCAGAGAGCUCCGCAGAACAAGAGAAUCACCUGUCACUGACUUUGCCCCCCCCUCAGCAAUCUCAAGCCCCGCCCCUAUCUUAGGCCCAGGGCCUCUCGUCAUCAGUUUUUUCGGUGGGUUUUUUUUCCUACAUGACGUGUGUUUAUUUUACAUUUCGGUUAUUCUGCUUUUUAUCCCAAAAACAACUAUUUGUCUUUUGUUCUUCAAUGUGAAAAAUAUGAAAAUGCAAAAAAAAAAAAAAAAAAAACACAAUUAUAAAAAAAUAUAUAUUUAUCAGACAACAGGAAAAGGAAGUAAAGAUUUCCCAUGGCUGGGGCAAUCUACAGCGUGAACUUUGACCCUUUCCUUGUCCACAGAGCUCAGUGUGUAGUUCUGAAUGUAUGUGCACCACCUGCAGGUGGGGUGAUGGGUGGAGAUAUCCUAUCCCCUUAUGACAGACUUUUGUUUCAAUCGCAUUCCUUCGCCCUUAAAUAUCCAUCUGAUAUCAGAAAUAUCUCAUAACGUCAGGAGCUGUGAGCUCUCUGAAAUAUUUACACAUUUCUGUGGUCAGUGUUUAAUAUUCUCAUACAUUCAGUGUUUCAUUUUGUACAGAGAUCGAUGUACCAAGUGACUGUUGGAAUCAUUUCAGUUCUUGGGAGCAUCAGCCAUUCGAAAGGUGCUUUCACAGAAUUUCUAAAUUUCUGAAUUUUAUUAUUAUUAUUAUUAUUAUUAUUAUUAUUAUUAUUAUUUUGGAUAGCCUCUAUUUAUGUUUAACAGUGCAUAGAUGGGGACAUAACUCGUAUCUUUCUUCAGCGAUGGUGGCUCACGAUAAAUGGCUCUUCACCGAAAACACCAUUACAACUGUCUGGACAGGAAAGGGUUCAACUAAAGUUCAUUUCUAAACUGACUCAGGAAAACAGUUUUUGCAGAUUCCUUUUUUUUUUUUUUGCUCCAAAAUAUUGUCUGAGAAAGAAAAAAGGAAAAAAAAAAAGGUCUGGAUAUUUUCUCUUCUACCCCGUCCUGUUCCCUCCAUUGUGGUAUUUUUAUAAAAUAAACAUCCCAUGUUUCUGGUGUUUAAAGUUUUGCAGUUCUGCUAGAUUUGUAUUGCUUAAACUGUUCUUAUAACCAUUGUCUUAUGUGAAGCACCCUUUUUCGGUUGUUGUUCUAAUGAAAGCCCGUUGGAGCUCUCGGGGGCCCUGAGUACUCUCAGAGCAAUAGUGUAACACUUCUAGAAUCCCGACGAAAGCGCCAGGAGACCUUCAGCAGUACGUUUGGUUUUUAGUGUGAGUAUUUGUAUUUGUUUCUUGUACAAGGUGAACAUUUAGCAUUCAGUGCAGUUCAAAUAAAAAUACACUUCUUAAAUUGUA